ACAGUGAAGCAGUCGGCUGCUGGAUGGUAGCUGCAUGAUUAAUGGCCUGAAUGGAGGAGAUUUGAAUAUCCCGCCCUGCCAGGCGACUCCCCCCCCAACGCAGUCAGUGCUGUGUCGGGAGCUCCGCUCACACGGUGCGCUGAGAGCGAGCGAGCACUGGAGCAACAUUUAAAAGCAACUUCGGUGUAUUACGGAGCUUGUAGGCUGUUUACAACGAGGAGCCGACGCACAACACUUUACCUGAGUGGAGUGUUUUAUCUAGUUUUCCAUUUUUCUGGAAAUGUGUCGCUUGGAGAACUAGGAGCGGACAGCUCUGCACACCGAAGCCGGGAUGAGUGGGAGCUCCGCGGUGUCCGGCGCGGCGCCCUGCCGCUUCGCUCACUACUUUGUUAUUUGUGGGAUAGACACAGAAACCGGACUGGAACCGGACGAGUUAGCAGCUUUGUACCAGUGGCUAGAAGCAGACCGCCAAGGCAGGGAUCCUGAUACUGCGGCCACAGGUGAAAACUUUGAGCAAAGCCCCCUGAAGAGGACGUUCAAGUCCAAAGUCCUAGCACGCUACCCUGAGAACGUGGAGUGGAACCCCUUCGACCAGGAUGCUGUCAACAUGCUAUGUAUGCCUAAAGGGCUCUCGUUCAGGACGCAGGCUGACCAGCGUGAUCCACAGUUCCACUCCUUCAUCAUCACAAAGGAGGACGGCUCUCGGACCUACGGCUUCGUCCACACCUUCUACGAGGAGGUGACCAGCCCACAGAUCUGCUCUGCCAUGCAGACCCUCUACCAGAUGCACAAUGCCUCCACCAACCCCCCUUCUUCCUCCUCCUCCUCUGCCUCCUCCUCUUCCUCCUCCAGCAUGGACUCUCUGGCCAGCAGUUUAGACGAGACCGACUCCCCGACAUCCUCAUCCUCCUCAUCUUCGUCUCGCAGGGCAGGUGUAUACGACUCUUCGCGGGACACCCUCUAUGUGUCCAAGGCCUUAUGUCUGAUCACACCCAUGCCCUUCAUGCUUGCCUGCCGUCGCUUCUUGUCGCAGCUGCACAGGGCUGUUACUGCAGCCACCGCCCCCCCGCUGCCACUGGAGAGCUACAUUCACAACAUCCUGUACGAGGUACCGCUGCCUGCUCCGGGACGCUCGCUCAAGUUCCAUGGUGUGUACGAGCCCAUUGUGUGCCAGAGGCCUGGGCUGGGGGAGCUGCCGCUGGCUGACUUCCCCCUCGCAGAGGCCUUCAGUCUACUGGGCGUGGAGAACCUGGUCCAGGUGUUCACCUGCACCCUGCUGGAGAUGCAGAUCCUUCUAUACUCACAAGACUUCCAGCGGUUGAUGACAGUGGCCGAGGGCAUCACCACCCUGCUGUUUCCCUUCCAGUGGCAGCACGUCUAUGUUCCCAUCCUGCCAGCCUCUCUCCUCCACUUCCUGGACGCUCCUGUUCCCUACCUGAUGGGCCUGCAGUCCAAAGAGGGCACUGACCGCUCUAAACUGGAGCUUCCUCAGGAGGCCAACCUGUGUUUUGUUGACAUUGACAAGCACUACAUUGAGCUUCCUGAGGACUUUCCCCACUUCCCCAACAAGGCUGAGUUCAUCCAGGAGCUCAGCGAGGUGCUGCUUAGCUUCGGAAUUUCUGCCAACACAGGGGCCCCACCACGGACCCGCACCAGCCCCGGCAGCACCCCCUCCACCCCUGGCAGAGAGCGUAAGACUGUCGCUUUCCGGCAGCUAGAGGACGAUGGACGUAAUGGCAAUUUGGCUGGGGAGGAACUGGCUGUGCUGGAGCUGCUGCAGGGAAACGCCACCCUGGAGAGACUGCAGGCGCUGACCAAACGCACUGGGGUGACGGUGGCCCGCGUGGUCGCCCUGAGGGCCGGAGUCAAAGCCCAGGGCACUGAGGGGCAAGGAGGCCGGACUGCAGCCGAAGAGGAGGAGCUAAGGAACGCCAAGCUGAACAUCCAGCUGAGAGAGGUGUUCGCCAGCCGCUUCACCACCAUGUUUGCAGACUACGAAGCCUUUGUCAUCCAGAGCGCCCCGGACCUGGAGUCCUGGCUCACCAACAGGGAGCAGAUGCACAACUUUGACAAGGCCUCGUUCCUGUCUGACCAGCCAGAGCCCUACCUGCCCUUCCUCUCCCACUUCAUUGAGACGCAGAUGUUUGCCACCUUCAUCGACAACAAGAUCAUGUCUCAGUGGGAGGAGAAGGAGCCACUGCUCCGGGUUUUUGACUCUCGCAUCGACAAGGCCCGCCUUUACAACGUCCGCGCUCCCAGCCUCAGAUCCUCCAGCUACCAGAGGUGCUCCAUCCUCAAGGAGUCUGCUCAGGCCAUCGAGCAGCGGCUGAUGAAGAUUGACCACACCGCCAUCCAUCCACACCUGCUGGACAUGAAGAUCGGUCAGGGCAAAUAUGAGCAGGGAUUCUUCCCUAAACUGCAGGCUGACGUGCUCAACACGGGGCCGCCCAAUAACAAGUGGGCUCAUAGGACGGCGACAGCUCAGCGAAGGAAAGACCGUCACAGACAACAAACGGAGCACCUGAACCUCGACAACGACCUGAAAGAGCAGGUGGAGGGCUGUCUUGUCCUGCAGAACUCUAUGGCAUUUUGGGAGUGGGACAAUGCGUCCCCUCCGCCUAUCAAACCGCCUAAAAAGUCGGCCUCUGCAUCCUGCCUGAAGUAUAUGCAGGAGGCCCGCGGCCUGGGGAAGAACCUUCGACAGCCCAAGCUGUCUGAUCUGUCUCCCGCCGUCAUCGCCCAGACCAACUGGAAGUUUGUGGAGGGGCUGCUCAAGGAGUGUCGCAUGAAGACCAAGCGGAUGCUGGUGGAGAAGAUGGGCCGGGAGGCGGUGGAGCUGGGCCAUGGUGAGGCCAACAUCACUGGACUGGAGGAGAACACUUUAAUUGCCAGCCUGUGUGACCUGCUGGAGAGGAUCUGGAGCCACGGGCUCCAGGUCAAACAGGGGAAAUCGGCCCUGUGGUCUCACCUGCUGCACUACCAGGCCAGAGAGGAGAAGCUGGAGCAGCAACAGGCAGAGUCAGCAGUGCCACAUGUUCCUGAGAGGAGGAAGUCUGAUUGUUCCAUAGCGAUGCCGUUUCUACAUGUGUCUCUCAUACAGGAUAUGAGGCACAUCCAGAGUAUGUCAGAGAUAAAGACAGAUGUGGGACGAGCAAGAGGCUGGAUUCGCCUGUCCCUGGAGAAGAAGCUGCUCUCGCAGCACCUUAAACAACUGCUGUCCCGACAAGCCUUAACCAAGAAGCUGUACAAGCGUUACGCUUUCCUGCGCUGCGAGGAGGAGAAGGAGCAGUUCCUCUUCCACCUGCUCUCUCUCAAUGCUGUCGACUACUUCUGCUUCACCAGCGUCUUCACCACCAUCAUGAUCCCGUAUCGAGUCGUCAUCAUCCCCAUCAAGAAACUGAGCAACGCCAUGACCACCUCCAACCCCUGGGUGUGUGUGUCAGGAGAGCUGGGAGACUCAGGCAUCAUGAAGAUCCCCAAAAACGUCCUAGAGAUGACCUUCGAUUCUGCUUUCAGGCCUCACACACACAUCUCCGCCUUGUUCAAGUGCCAGAACCUGGGGAAGCUGACCACUGUGCAGCUGGGUCAUGAUAACGCAGGCCUCCUGGCUAAGUGGCUGGUGGACUGUGUGAUGGUGCGCAAUGAGAUCACAGGACACACCUACAGGUUUCCAUGUGGUCGGUGGCUUGGUAAGGGUGUAGACGACGGGAGCCUGGAGCGGGUCCUGAUCGGUGAGCUGGUGGUGCCCAGUGGAGAGGAGGAUUCUGGGAGAGCCUGCCGUACACCCCCGCUGCAGCGCUCGCCAUCCCAGACUAGACGGAUCAGCAUCACGGCACUGUCUGGACGGGGAUACAAACCCACUUCAGCCCAAAUCCAAGAGGCCAUCGGGGAGGCUGUGAACAACAUCCUCAAACACUUCCACAAGCCAGAGAAAGAGAGAGGUAGCCUGACCGUCCUGCUCUGUGGGGAGAACAGCUUGGUGGCAGCUCUGGAACAGUUCUUUCAUCACGGCUUCAAGUCUGCCCGCCUCUUCCAGAAGACAGUGUUUGUGUGGGACUUUGUGGAGAAGGCCGUUGCCUACAUGGAGUCAGCUGACCAGAUGGGAGACCUUCAGGAGACCGCGGAGCCCCUGGGGAUGACCUGUCAAUCACUCUGUCACUAUGUCAACGCGGUCAACUCCACUCCUAGGAACAUCGGCAAGGAUGGGAAGUUCCAGCUGAUGGUCUGCCUCGGAGCCAGAGACCGUCUGCUGCCCCAGUGGCUCCCCCUGCUGGUGGAGUGCCCGGUUAUCCUGCGAAUGUACGAGGACACAGCCCUGCUCAGAGACCGCACCACUGUCAACGCACUUAUCGGCGUCCUGGAAACGUUGCACGACUUCCCCAUCACACUGGAAGCCUCACUGGUCAAAGGCAUCGACCUUUAGGCCAAGGAGGGACCACCAGGCUACCAUUCAGCUCUACAUUUUCCUUCAAAAACCCCAACUCACUACCACCAACUUCAUUUACUCCAGCACUGUUGGCUCUGGGAUUAGACACAUGACCAGGAAGGGAGGAAAUGAGGGACAAGCGGUUUGGUUACCAAAGCAAAAAGUUCCACUGCUUCAUGUGAGAAGUUGGGGCUUUGGAUCAACCUGAAGCCUGGAUGCAGUAUUAUCUCUCUAAAAAAAAACUUUAAAUUAAAUUACAACCAGUGCUUAAUCAGGUUUUACAUCAUUAACUACAAAUACGUCACAUUACUGUGGACAAUUUCCAAACACUUUCCGGUUGAUUUUCUGCCUUCCAGGCAGCCAUUGGUUUCACUUUGUUUCAUGACGUUAGAAAUCGUCUUGAAGUCACGUGAAGUUUGCUGGGGAUUUGUAAUCCAUCGUAAUAUUUUAUAUUUUUCAUAUUGUCAACAAAUCCCAUGAAAAGACUCAAACCAACAAUGUGGUAGUCCCUUUCUUAAUACUCUCUGACUUCCCCACUCUGUCUGUGGCUCUCAGCUUCAAGCCCAUUGGUUCCUACUGAAAACAGAAAUAUUUAAAAGCAACCCACAAAUAUAUAUUAUUAUUUCUAUAAAAAAGUUUAGCUAUCUCCUAAAACAGCUGCUAAAUGUAGUUUUUACUUUACGCAAACAGAAGGAAAUAGAGCAUUUGUUGGGGACUAUUUUCAGCAGCGGAUUAAUCCAAUUAAUGUGGUGCUCAAUUGAGAAUUUGGGGCAGCAGGACAGUGUGUGGGACUGAGUCAGAAUAAAAUACAGUGUGUGUGUUCAUGGUUAUGAAGGAACAUGUCACCCAGUGCAGCAGUGAGGCUCACUGAUAGUUUAAUAGUUCCUGAAACACAGUCUAUGGCUCAGAGGACGAAGAGACAUCAAAUACUUGUUAGUAGGAUCACUUCAUUGUUUGGGUCAUUUCAUAAAAUGUGAUGACUACAAGAAAAAUAUAGAAUAUCACCAGAUUAUUGUCCCUGCUCUCAACAGCAUUAACAUGUAAUGCUAAUGUAAUUUCACAGUGUACUGUAAUAAACUGAGAAUAGCAGCUUAGUAAGAGAAAAAUCCAUCUAAAACAUUUUUAAGAAUGCUUCACAAAACUAGAGACAAGAAGAUAAACAGUGAAAUAUGCAACUGGUGUGUUUUUUAAAACGUUAGUAGAAGCAGCCAUUUCCUGUGUGCUAGCUGUGUAGCCUAGCCCACCUUCUGUAGGUACAGCUGCAUAAACCGAGCGAUAAAAUCUCUUUGUUCGCUUGCAACUGGGCGUUACGGUGCCACCAUCCCCACACCCUAAUUAGCGUUAGCAGUAGCGAGCAUGCCUAUAGAAUGAGCCUAUGUGGGAAGAAGAGACGACCUCAGGAAGAGACAGAACGGUCACUGACCCACGGAAACAAGGAUUAUGACAAAGAUGGUGAUGGAUGGACUCUCGUACAGUGUAGCGUUCUCUCUUUCUGUUAAUUCGCUGGACUUUUGUUGGGCAUUUUCUCUACUUUCAGUCUGUGGGUGAACACAAAAACUGAUCUCAGUGAUGUGGUUCGGUAGCUUAACCUGUGGCUUCAUGGACAUUCCUACCAGACUGCAGGGACCGCCUGGUUGGUUUUAAAUGGUGUGUGUGUGUGUCCAAGUGUGUGUUUGAGUGUGUAUCGUAUUUCACAAAUGUAUGUGCUCUGGUGUGUGUGUUUGCCUUCCAUUUAUUUUCUUCCAACUUCAGCGAAAUCUACUGUGUAAAACAAUCUGAACUCAGGGUCUACUUAUUAGCUUUUUCUGGAGCUUACUCAGCUGUCAUCAUAUGACUUAAAUAUGGAUAUUUAUGGUUGAAAGCUCUGGCAAAGGCUAGUGAGUGGAGUGUGAGUUAAGAUUAUUUUGCCAAAAUACUAUUCGUAAGGUCAAGAAUGAACGUUUACGCAAGCAAGCAAAAUGGAACUCAAUGGUUCUCAAACUGGGAGGACGUUGAUGUUGUGUUGAGCAGACCUAAAGUUGCAUGAAUAUGAUUCAUGUGGUGACAAACAAAAGCGCUCUGAUGCUAGCAAGGCUGUUUUGCUAACCUGAAUCUUGAUUCAUUACCUGCCACUAGAUGAAUAACACGACGUCCCUUUAAAUCAAAGUUUGUUGUAUGGAGGGUUAGUUCAGAUCCUGCAUCACAAUGUGACACCAAUGUAAACACAUGCUGGUAUUUCCAAGAAUGUAUGUCUGUAUGCCGCACUGUAAAUGCCAUCAUUGUUUUUGAAGAAAUAGUUCAACAUUAUGGGAAAUACACACAUUGGCUUUGUUCCAGAAAGUAAGAUGAAAAGCUUGAUCAGUCAUCUAAUGGAGGAGGACGAUUGAGAUUCCUUCUCAGACUACAGCUGACUGAGUUAAUUUGGUACAUGAACAAGGCAUGUACCAAAGAAUGAAAAGAUUGAUCAAUCAGUCUCACGUCUCUGUUAUAAAAUAGAGCUGGACUCCAGGCGUGUUACACCUCUGAUCAAGUGUGUAUUCAUUCGUCCAGAAAUUCUGUGCCGAGUCUUAAGUUACAAUAGUCGUGAGCACAGGUUUUGGUCUCUGUACAAACACUGUGGUACCAAACCAUGCUCUGACAGCAAAGCAGCUUCCAGUAAGCUAGGCUAACCGUGUCCUCCUGUCCACUCAGUGGACAGACAUAAGAUUUACAUCUUUCCCUAAAUGUUGAACUAUAGUAGCAUUAGUUUGAUAAAGCUUAGCAGGACAAACAAAUGAAUACUUAACAGCAGGCAUCAGUUUUUUUCACACCUUGGAAGUUCAAACUCAGUUCAGUAAUGUGUAGGUUGUUGAAAAAAAUACAUAUUUUUUUAAGAAUAAGGUUGGUGUUAUGCUGUAUUUUUCACUGUCAACAAAUUCAAUGAAAAAAACACAAACAAUGAACUGGCCACCAUACCCUGUCUGUUGUAAAAUACAUAAAUCUUUAAGAACACCUCACAAAAGUAUGGUUUUGUUGUCAUCCUAAAACAGCUGGUCACUGUAGUCUUUACCAAUUGUCACUCACAAGAGAAAAUGGUGCUUUUGUUGGAACUAUUUUCAGCAAUGGAUUAAUACGCAGUUCAUAAUUAGGCACCAGGAUGUGUUUUUUUUUCUGUGGGGUUUAUUUUUUUUAUUUAUUAAUUUUUGUCUACCUUUGCAUUCAUUGUUGGUUUGGGUCUUUUCGUGGGAUUUGUUGACAAUAAGAAAACUAUAAAAUAUACAGAACAGCCUUGUGAGGAAGUUUCAGAUCAGUGCGUGAUGUUCAAACUUUUAGCUGCAAUGUUACAUGAAUGCAACACGGCCUCUAGAUAUAAAAGUAGGGACAAUGUCUUACUAUUCAUUUAUGAUGUAAGAAUUUCAUUCAGCCCCCACCUCCUCCAAACACAGACAAACUUCAUAUUUUCUCUACUUUAGCGGCAGCCAACAGAGAUGGGUGGAAACUAUUUUUCUUCAGACAGAUUUUUAUUCCCCCUGAAACUUUUGCUGCAUGAGGUUUUGCCACUGUUGCCACGUACUACUGUCUAAAUGAAUCCUUUCUGAGAAGCAUGUUAUCAUGUAGACUGAGCUGUAUUUAUUGUGACCUUCUCUAAUUAAUUCUAGAUGGUAGGUGAGUUUUGAGGGGACAAAAAGUGGACAUCUUUGCAGCCCCAGUUCCCUGUAGUAUUUUUGCUGUUUGAGUCUGUGAAGGACAUACAGCCUGUCAUUUUGCUUUGAAUGUCUUGAUUUCAUGUAUUUAUUAAUUUAAUAUUAAUCCAUGGCAGGUUGGCAGUAGCACUGGUAUUAUAAGGUUGAUUAAACCGGUGGAAUAACUGGAAACAUUGCUGUUAGGCCACUUCAUGUGUUUUUAUCAUGUUUUAACCCUCUGUGCUCCUGCUGCUGUGCCCCUGAUGCCUCACCUACAGGACAAGCACAAUAACAAAUUCCUCUGUCACAUCCUGGAUUUGUUUGUGUACAAACUCUUUGCUGAUGGCUAUAAGGCAAACUUCUAGAGGACGGUUGAGAUUCCUCCUUAGGCUACUGAACACUUUGCUUAAUUAAUUUGGAACAUGGACAUGUCACAUGUGGUAUUAACCCUGAGUGCGUCUGCUCAAACAGCGAACAUGAAAUGCAACUGACAGCCAUGUAGUGGCUGUGCAUCCUGCUCUUGGCAAGAACACCACGGGACAAACAGAGCUUCAUGUCUGUGGACUGACUACUCUGUUAUAUUUAUUAUGCCUAUUUCAAUAAAAAAAACACUGUGUGUGUUAAAGGCG